AUGAACAGAGUGAGGAAAUCUGUUGAUGUGUCUUCUUUCUUGCUAGUGGAAGCUACGGGUGAUUCUGAGGUUGAUUCUGAUGCCAACAUGGCCAGUAUAGAUCUUGUUGAUGACGCUGAUGAUGAUGAUGCAGAGUCAUGUUGCUGUGAUUCAUCAGACCAUUCUUGUGCUAGUGACUUCAUUAAUGGUGCCCGCAGUGAGGUUGAAGCAUAUAAUGUCAAUUGUCAUGUGGUUGAUGAUGCUGAUGACGACGACGACGACGACGAGGAGGAGGAGGAAGAGCAGGAGAAGGGAGUUCAUGUUUAUCAAUCAUGGGUUGAGCAUGGACAUGUUGGGUUACCAAUGAAGCAAAAAUCGUGUGUUUCAGCGGAUUCAGCCAAAGAAUCAUUGAAUGAGCAGGAGAAGAAUAGGCUGUUUUGGGAGGCUUGUUUGGCUUCCUAA